AUGUACAGAAGAAGAGAAGACGUCUCCUGGUGUCUGCUGCUUCUUCUUGGGUUGGUCCUGGAGAUUAUGCCAAUGGCUCAGUCCUCGCCUAUCCCUGAGGACCAGAAGGAUCAGAAUCCAUAUGAUGAGAAUGAGGAGAAGAUCCCAAGUGAGGAGCCCAGAGAGGAAACCGCAGAACCGGACACCGAAAAGGAGGAAGAACAGCACCAGACGGCACAGCAGAGCUCACAGAGCAGAACCGACACAGCAGAGCUCACAGAGCAGAACCGACAAAUCAGAACCGACACAGCAGAGCUCACAGAGCAGAACCGACAAAUCAGAACCGACACAGCAGAGCUCACAGAGCAGAACCGACACAGCAGAACUGACACAGCAGAGCUCACAGAGCAGAACCGACACAGCAGAACUGACACAGCAGAGCUCACAGAGCAGAACCGACACAGCAGAACCGACACAGCAGAGCUCACAGAGCAGAACCGACACAGCAGAACCGACACAGCAGAGCUCACAGAGCAGAACCGACACAGCAGAGCUCACAGAGCAGAACUGACACAGCAGAACCGACACAGCAGAACCGACACAGCAGAACCGACACAGCAGAACCGGAUUAGCACAGUACAGAUGGGUCUCUUCAUCAUCUACAUUCUGUGUCUUCAGUUGGGCGUCGGAUUGUCCAUCCCUGUCCCGGCGACCGAGGAAUCACCUGAUGAGGGUUAUAAUCCGAACAGCAGCGAUAACAACAACCUGGUCACCGAUGGGAAUACGGACUCCGUCCUGGCAAAGAAGAACCUAGAAACUUCCUUGAAACCGAUCAGACAUAAUGUCUCCAGCUGUUUCGCCUGCAUCUUUGACAUUCUGGGUUAAUGAUUCGCAAUGAAAAUUUCUAGAACCCCAAAUGGUUAAAAUAACAACACUACAAGGAGCCCAUGGGGGGGGGGGGAGACCCGUUAUCCUGCACGGCUGCCGUCACCUGACCCGGUCACAUGAUCUAUGUACAAUAAUAAACAAAAAUCUGACGCAACUUAUGUUUAAUGUCACAUUGUAUCAUCUGUCCAAUCAUUAUCCACCAUACUCACCAGAUGUAUCUAAUCAUGCGUGAUACUGUCUGGGCAGC